AUAAUUGUAACCUCCAAUGGCUUCUGCAAAUGCCCAAGGGCUUCUGCAAAUGCGCGUCAGAUCUUCGUCAGCAUUCUCUGGCUUCUCUUCCUCUCGCUCCCUUUUUCCUCCUCCGUCGAGCCCUCCAAUGAGCUUUCUUUAGUUAUUUCCGAGUCGGAUGGGUUACAAUUAUCUCAUGGGGUGCCAGUAAAAAAAUUUCCUGGUUCCAAGCCCGGCAUUUGGGUGCUGUGUGAACGUGUUCAUGUCCGUGUACUUUCAAGUUUCAUGGCUUAAAAAUAUUGGAAGUUUGCCAACACGGUGAAGGUGAAGGUAUCAGGAACAAAUUCAAGCACUCGUAUACCGACCUUCGAGGUUUGUGUCCACUGAAAUACAUCUCUUGGGAUAUGGAUGUGUCCUCACAGCUCUCGGCAGAAGGUUCCCAAAGGCUCCUGGUCAAGGUCCAUGUCACCUUUUGAGCACCAACUAAUAGAUGUGGAUUCAUCCUUAGAGAGCUUGGAGGUGCCCAUUGAAGAAGAAUUUGUUAAAUAUCACGUAACAUUUGUGAUAUUGGGCAUAAUCAUGAUGAGCUUGGCUUCCCUCCUGAGCAAGUCAUUAGUAUUUUAUUACGGCAGUGGAAUGGCAAUUGGGGUAGUCCUUGUAAUAUUGAUGGUACUUUUUCAGGGGAUGAAGCUUCUCCCAACUGGUCGGAAGAAUUCUCUUGCAAUUUUUGUGUACUCAUCUGUGGUUGGUUUGGGAUCUUUUCUCCUCAGCUACCUACCUGGGUUAUUGCGCACACUACUCACAGAGAUUGGAGUUAGCGAAGACAUGUAUAAUCCUCUGGCUAUAUUUCUUCUGGCUUUUGUUUUUCUGGCUGGAGCAUGGUUGGGCUUCUGGGCAGUCCACAAAUUGGUCCUGGCAGAAGAUGGAUCUAUCGAGAUAAUGACAUCUCAGUCUGUUAAUUGGUCCAUAAAAAUUCUGGGUGCUACUGUGAUUUUUCAGGUACGUUAGAUAAGUCUACACUCGAAGUUUUCUCUAUCAAAAUUUCAACUUUGUUUCAGAGUUCUGUCGAUCACCUACUGGCAACAGAAGCUAUUGUAGUUGGAUUCGUAGUCUCCGCUAUACUAAAGAAAAUUUUUAGAUGGAGAUUCCUUCGUCUUGUGUGCAAAUAUCUGGCUUUCCAAUUCUGGAGCUUAGUCAUCGCCUUCCAAUAUGUGCCAACAUUUCCUUCGUCAGUAUCUACUGGGAAAUCGAUUGAAAAUACCCAAAAAGAACCACCGCAGAUUGGAAAUUUCUGAUUCUCCACCUUCUCAACCGUCAGAUACAUGGUUAUUUCCUUCUACUUUCCACACCACAUCCGAAGGAGAAAAAAACAGAAAUUUACGGCUUAAUUUUCAUGUAUUGCAUAAUUUGGUAUAUAAGUACAUACAGUCAGUCCUUGUUCUCCAAGGAAACAAUGAAGGACACAAAGAGAUAUCCUUCCUAAUAAAGGACUCUAAUAUUUACAUUCCUAUUUUCGUAAAGAUUGACUCACGCCAAUAGAAAAGACUCCAAGGAAGAGUGGGACGCAGUUCACCAGAGAGACAACAAAAGCCUUGCAAGAACUUGCUUCUUCUCCUGAGUAUCACAGAUGGUGCUCCUCAAAUGUAGAAAGAAUCAGUGUCGCCCCCUGAACCAAUAGAAAAGUUUCUGAUCAGCCGCUCCACUGGUGGCUCCUACGGUUGUGGUAAACAACCGGCAUACAACAUGCCCUCUGCGAAGUCAACAUGGGCAUGGUACACGCAAGAAAAUGCUGCCGUAGUUCAUAGUCGAGUUGGAAGAAAACAAAAAUGUGUGGAACGGAUCUGUAAAAUUUUAGUAUGGGCUCUAGAGGGUAGCAGGAAGGGUUACGAUGUUGUAAAAUUCAUAGUUUUGUGCAGUUCAUUAUUUUUGAGCAACCUGAAUGGAAAGGCUCUGUUCUUUUCUGACUCUACUCUAACUUGAAAGAAGGAUGAUUUUUUGAGCAA